GUGUGUCUCACCCACGGCCAAAGCUAGCAAUUUGGAAUAGCCAAGCAUAGUGGUUGCUUGCCCUAUCUCACCUUCCCUCUGCCCUCCGGAAAAACAACACAGAGUUCCAGCGCAAGGCUUGUGCCAUUCCAGCAGGCGAGCUGCCCUUAUAUAGCUUGGCACCAGACGGCGCCCUGCCCCUGCCAGUCAGUUCGGCACAGUGUCACAGGAAGAAGGGGAGGGAUCUAGUCACAAAUUACGCGUUUCAAAUCCGGUCCCCGCUGACAGACUCCUGCUUCAGUGACCAGAUACUGGCCGGUACUCUUCUCUGGAUCCCUUCUCGCCCUGAUAUGCAACUUUAUGGUGGAUCUAUAGAAGCCAAAUCCUUCUAUUUGACACUAAAUUUACAUCUGAGGAUUUCUAGACCUUUUCAGGGUACGGCUCAGUAUUGUACAUCCUCACUAAGCAGAUUUUUCUGUCUUCAAAUGAGAUGACUGAAGUGCCGCAGAGCGAAUUUGAGAGCAGCUUGGAGAAUGCUGAAACCUGGAUGAAAAAUAUCCAUGAGAGACUGAAGAUCAAUGAUAACACUGAAGGGCCCAGAUCUGCCCUGGAGGCCAGGCUCAGGGAGACAGAGAAAAUCUGUGCUCUGGAGCCUGAAGGCAAAUUACUUUUGGACAUGGUGCUGAUGGCAGCAGAAAAUCUUCUCAGCAAGAGUAGUGAGGAAGAGAAACACGAGGUUCACAUCAAGCUAGGGAAAAUAAAGAGCAUAUUUGAAGAAACCACAGUUUAUAUGACACACUGCCACAGUCGCAUUGAGUGGGUUUGGCUGCACUGGAACGAGUACCUGAAAGCCAGAGAUGAGUUUUAUCUGUGGGUCCAUAACAUGAAACUGACCCUGGAACCAGAUGUGGAACUUCAGCUGGGCGUUAAAGAGAAGCGCUGGCAAUAUGAACAAGCACAAGUGCUGCUAAGAGAUGUCAACAACCAGUCAUGCCUGUUGGACAGACUACUGGAGGAAGCCGCCUCUCUAUACAACAGGAUUGGAGACCCCAGUGUGGAUGAAACAGUGCAGAGAGAAAUGAUGGCUGAAUACAAACAAAUAAAGAAGAAAGCCAAGGAAAGGGCAAGUCAUCUUGAAAAUAUGUUGAAAGAACAUGAAGCUUAUGAUAGGGAUGUCAAUGAAUUCCGGUCUUGGCUGACCAGUGUGAUUGAAAAGCUGAAGUGUUGUGUUGGAGAGGCCAUGGAAUCAACAGAAUACAGGCUCAGUAUGCUGCAGGAAAUCAGCAAAGAGGUACACAGUGGUGGUAAAAAGUUGGAAGACCUUGAGGGCAAGUCACUUGAAGUGAUAAAGAACACAUCCCCUCUAGGUGCGGAGAAUAUCUGCAAGGAGCUGGAGGAGUUGCACAAAGCUCUAGCAGAUCUGAAACGCAUGAAUGAUGAUGAAGAACAGAGUCUUCUCAAGGCUCAUAAUUCUGAAAAUGCCUUCCUACUUUUGGCUAGGCAACUAGAAGCCAACAUCAAUGAGUUCCGAAAAGCCAUCCAGAGACUGGAGGAAAGUCUGGAAUCAGGAGAAAGGGUGAAGAGUGAAGAUGAACUGGUAGCUCUGUGGAAAACAUUAAACGCCACCAAGUCUGCUUUAGCAGCAGAGGAAACAAAAGGUGAAGGGGUAAAGGUUCAGCUGAAGGAACUCUUCAAGUUCUCCAAGGAUGUCCAGCCGCUUUCUGAUGAAGUCAUUGCUGCAAUUCGAGAAUACCAAAGGGCUAAAAGCAAAGCCUUCAAGCUGAGUACUGAGACUGAAUCGGCACUCAUACAGCACUUCCAGAUUCCGCUUCUGGAAUUUCACCAUUGGAAACGCAUAGGUGACAGAGUCCUGGAUACCACAUCAACUCCUGUGAGCGAUUAUGCUCUGAACCAUGACUGCUUGCUACAGAUUGAGAGGUUGCUGGAGGAGAGUGCUAGUAUUGAAGAAAAACUGGGUAUUCUGCAGACAAAGAAGGAACGAAUCAGUGGGGUGCUUGGUGAACAGAAGGCAGAAACCUUUUUUACUGAGGUGGCAUUUGCUUCAAGGGAAAGGGAUUCUCUCCAUGCUGUUCUAUUGGAGAAAAAGAAAAUUUUACUGAGUUUGGCUUCCCAGAAGAAAGAAUUUGAUGCUGCUUUUGAACAGUUGCGGAAGAAGGUGUUGACUUUAAGAAUUAAAGCUGGCAAAGAAAGUGAAUUACAGCCAGACCUUGUAGGGAAAGAAACACAACUGCAGAGAUUUCAGAUGUUUAAGGAUGAUUUGUUAAAACUGGAACCUGAAUUUAAAGAGGUAGGGUCAAUGGCUGAGUCAAGUCCCACCCUCAAGCUUAAAGUCAGCCAGCUGUCUUCAGAAUACCUUACUUUACACAAGUCACUUGAGAUUAAAAUACGAAAAAGCAAAGCAUACAUUAAUGACCAUCGGAUAUUUAAUGAGAAGCUGCUAGAGCUUCAGCGCUGGCUUAUGGUGACAAAGCAGGAGUUGGAAUCAUUUCAGGAUAGUGAUGGGCAUUGGGAUUUUGAAUCCCGAGAGAAGGAAAUACAGAUAUUGUUGUCUGAGGUACCAGAAAAAGAUAUCCAGCUACAACAGGUAGAAUCUCAAGGUUUGCUAGUGAUGGAGACCUCCUCUCCAGAAGGAGCUGCCCACAUUCAGACUGAGCUGAGGGAGCUUAAUGCCUCCUGGCUAAAUCUGAAACUACUCUGGGGGGCACUGGCAAGCGCGUUUAAAGACAGAGAGUUCCAGAGACUGGCACUACUGCCACCUAAAAGUACAUCUGAGGACCACCUACAUCAGACAACUGACCUCCUCCUGAAUAUGGAACAAUCCUGGACUUCAUCUCAGUCUGAUAAUAGCAACAAUGGCAUGAACAACAGUAAUGAUUCUGAAGAAUUUGGACCAAGUGGAAUUGUGGGCAGAAUUGUCUAUGACACCAGUCCCCAAAGCUUAACAUUAAGAUCAGAGAAAAGUCGGAUACCACAAAGGAUAAACAAAACAACCAGUUUGCUCCAAGAAAAGGAUCCAUCCUCUACAACAGCCUCUGAUAAGAGUUUUGUCUCUCUGGAAGUAAAUACUAGCAUGGCCGGUGACUCCAGUCCAUCCAGGAUAACUGUGUGGUCAGACAAAAGCCGAAUACCAAUGAGGAUAAACCAAACCUCCAGUUCCAGUGUUCUGCCAGAAAACUGUUCACCCUUCACACCACAAGAGUCUGGGAUGAGUCCAAGAACUGUGAAGAGUGGACUUUUGAAUGACACCACGCCUCCCGAUGUGGCAGUCAGAUCAGACACUAGUCAGCCGCAAAAAAGGAGAACGAAAGCAUCUAGGUUAGAGAGCCCACAUCCAACUAUAUAUUUUGAUGCACAUUUCUGCAGUGCCUCUGACCGCAGUAACUCAGGUAGUGGUCAAACACUUCUAGGGAACAAGCAGGCAUCCAGUGUUCUUCAAGUUGCUGAUCCACUUAUCCCUUCAACAGAGGCUGGGGAAAGUUCAAGAACUUAUACUGGAAGUAUAGAAGAAAAUUAUUUAGUGAGCACACCAGAAGAGUUUGGAGAGAGUUCAAGCUCUUUGACGAUAACUACUGGAUCCCUGGCAGACAACCUGAAGAACCCAGUGAAACCAGAUUCUCAGUACAAUAUGGUUUCUAGGAGAAGAAAUAAGAAAGGUGUCAGCCUGGCAGAAUCUGUGGAUUUUGUGGAUUCGUCUUAUGUGCAAAGUAAAGAAGAGACAAAGACAGAGAAAGGUGAUGGUCACAUGAAUCUGCUGAAGGAAUUUGAGCUGUGGUUGCAGGAAGAGAAUUCCAAACUAAACAAAAUCUGUAGCACAAAAGCAUCUAGCAGCGAGGAAAUGAAAUCCAGGCUCAGUAAACUGCAGAGAUUACAGUUGCAAGUACCCCGGGGUCAGCGCCUGUUUGAAUCUUUGCUUGUUUCAAUGCCAGACAUGACAGUUACUGAUAAUUUAAGGCUGGAAGACCUGCGCUACCAAUGGAUGCUUUAUAAAUCCAAAUUAAGAGAUGCUGGAAGCUCAUCGGGCAUAAAUACAUCUGAAGAGCUAAGAGGAAUAACAAAGAAGUCAUCUGGGGGACUGUGCUCCUUCCUGCACCGUGUGUGCUGUGCCGCACUUCCACUCCAGUUACUCCUUCUAUUACUUCUCCUCUUGGCAUUGCUUAUUCUUCUGAUGCAGGAGAGCCAAAACUGCGCCCUUUCCAACAACUUUGCCCGCUCCUUCAACCUGAUGCUAAAAUACGAAAAACCUCCUCCAACUUAAUCAGACUGUAUGGGUCAAAUGUGUACUGUAAACAUUCUCACCCUCCACUAUUCUACGGCAGCUGUGUCUUGUAUAUAAAUCUCUCAGCAAAGGCUUACAUAAUUAUUAAACCCUUUACUGCUUUAACAGAUAUUGCAGGCCACAUAAUCUGUGAGGGGUUUAAUCUGUUAACCCUGUAUAUAGCAGUUUUGUAUAUAAGAAAAUACAGUGGCAUAUUUUAUACACUUUUUCAAUAUUUAUAAUUGUAUGUACUGUAGGCAACAUAUGCCUUUUUGAAAACAUAUUUGUAACUUGCUUUAGUUAUUGACAGCCAUAGAUGAUUGCAUGUGAAGUGUGGAUAAAGAAAUUGUUGGUUAGUUUAUAUUUGGUCAGGAUACAUUCCUCAAUCAGUGUUGGCGGUGGGGGGUCUAGGAUAGGAAAGAAUGCUUCACUACCUUGAUAACAGGUCAUAGUUGUAGUUAAAAGAAUUCACUGGGUAGCAAGAUUUCCUCUGUGAAACUGGCUAGGAACAAAUGAGGUUCAAGAGACAAAAUAAUUUGGAAAUGAUGUGAUGUCAAAGUAUUGCAGUAAGGCAUAACCAAAGAAACUAAGACUAUGAAUCACCCACAAUCAUAAAUGCAGUCUGGUUACUUCAUUACAGUAUUGCAUGUUAAUAUAUUCAUUAAUGACAUUGAGCCAUGAUAGAUUUUUUAAUGCAAAUACAAUCACCUGCUCAUUUGCAAAAUGUUUUAUUUCGAGAAAUAUCUGUUAUAAAAGUUUUAUUUACUACAAAUGGCUACAGGACUUCAUAACUCUAACUGUACCUUAGGUAGCAAAGUAUUAAUGGAGGAAGAUGAAGGUUAAAUUACACCCUCCUGCCUAGUAUAAAGAGGUUGGUUCUAGGUAGACCUGCUACCAAUGGUCAGCUUGGGAACAGCACAUGCCAUAGAGAAACUUGUACUGUAGGGUGUGUGCCUUUAAAUACUAUAGUUCUGAUUUGCGAGACAGUUUUAUAACUUGCUAGAAAUAAUGAACCCAAACAAAAAAGGUGUUGCUUAAUGUCAGCAUUACUCAAUUAUUACCAGCUUUAGCAGUUAGUAAAAAAAAAAAUCUGCGUAUGAUGUUGUUUCCUGGGAUUGCUGGCAUUGUGCGAGAUAAAAGCAGGGUGCAUUUGCCGAUGUUUGAAAGCUGAGUAACUGCUACAAGGCAUGGAGAAUAGCUUGACUUUAUUAUUUUAUGAAACAUGAGCAACUACUGGAAAAAAGACCUUGGUGACACAUCCUGGAAAUUUAAUUAGAAGCGGCAGUUAUUCCCUCAAAGCUGCAAUCUUGCCCCAGAGCGACCUGGGCUAGAGAUGACAUCAAUGUCAUGCUAUUUACACCAGAUUACCAACCACGUUUCUUGUUUUUCUAUCAUUUGCUAGGAUUUUAACUUUCCCAGGAAGGUCCAUCUUUAUUUUAGGUGAUUUCCCAGACACUAUGGCUGCAGUCUCUUUAUUUUAUGUUAUGGACACUGUGGUACAUAUUAUGGAAGACUUAAUAAUUUGAUUCAAAGGGAAUGUAGGGGCAAUAAUGAAGAUGGAGGUUAAUGUUUUAUAUGGUUGAAAACAGUCAGUAUGUGGCUUUCUAGUUAUAACUGAAAUACAACUUGCAAAAUCCCCAGACAACAAUCUUUGGUAAUUGGCAAGAAAUUCUGGGAGGUGAAGUUCAAUAGUGACUGGAGAACCUAGGUUUAGUGUUUGCUUGGUAGAGAACAAGUUAACAAAGAUAAGAACAAAUCUGUGAAAGUGAAAUUUAUGGUUAACAUGCCAUUUUAGCUUAUCACUCCUUAUUUAUGGUCGUAGGGAAUAGAUAUGUCCUGUCAAACUUGUGCAGAGCAGGCAAUACAAUGUCAAGAACAUUGGCAUUAGACAACUGUGUAACAGAUGCUCCUUGCAUACAGACUGAUCAGAAGGAAAGAAAAAUUGUUCCACACAGUUAAGUAGAAGAAGAGAGAUGAGUAUGUGAAACAAAGAGAGGGAAAGGUGUUUAUAUUGUGGGAAUCUUUACCCCCCCUAUACUUCUAUAUGAAUUAUAGAGCAUACCAUGAGUGGCUUGGGCCAGUACCACACAUUGCCUUUUACUCUGUACUGAGCAGCAGUGGUGGUAAUUCCUCUUUAAUAAAUUUCCCAUAUUGUUCAAUAGGUGUCAGUGUCCAUACACCCACAUGAAGUUUAAGGGAAUGCUAAAGCCUAAUUUGCAGCAUUUAGACAUAAAAAGUAAGUAUAAUAAAUGCAAUGCUUCUUUAGCUUAGAAAGACAUGGUAUUCAGAUAGAUAAAAUAUCCAGCACAUUUCUAAACGAAAGGGAAAAUCUGAUAAUUAAUUGCCUUUAAAUAAAUGAAUAUGUUCCUUUUUAAUGUGUACAUUAAAUGUUUAUCCUUAUUAAAAGGGGGGGGGAUUAAGUAGAGGAUGCAUAUACUGUAUUUUUAAGUUGCAUUCAAACUUGUGAUACAGUUGGUUCAUUAAUUAUCUUGUCUGAAUUAUUAUCCAUAUACAUGAACAGAAAAGGCGCCUUUUAUUUAUGACAAGUAUAUAAUAGGAGCAAGUCAUAUAGCAGCCCUAGUCAUUUAUAUAAUUGCAAAUAUGACCAGAAGUAGAAGGAAAAUACAUAUGUAUAUAUUUACUGCUUUUCCUGAUUGCUGAUUUUAUUUCCAAGUAAAGAUUUGAAUUGUUGCUUUGGGUAACUGCACUGAUGCAAUUAAGUACCUAAGGUCAUAAAGCAGCCCCUGUGUGUUUACUUUAAAACAUCUAAGCAUUAUAUAAAUAAGGAGUUUUAUUCAGGUUGCAGUAGGGUUGUCAAAUUUACCUUGUUACUUGUAUUUAAUUUCUGUAGAACCCGCAAUUUCCUAGCAGAUAACACUAGUCAAGAUGUGAUUCCUUUCUUUCUACACACCUACAGAAUGAAAACCUUGUUUUCAUAUACAAUAGAACUGUUCUUGCCAAAAAUAUUUAAUUUGCACAUGCACAUGCUGGGCAAACAUUAAAAACACGUAAAUAAAAUAUUACUAGCUCUUAAACCCCUGUUCUGGUGGAAGACAUUAUAGAUUUGUAUUCCAAUGCAGAACAAUUCUAAUUGUUAUUGGUGUAGAAAGUAUGUUCAACAUAUAUGUUUUUAUUCACCAUAGCCUACUGCAAUUGGCAUGUAGUGGAUUUAUGUGAAUUGUUGUUUAAUAACACCGGUAAGACUGUGGGAUAAGAUAUUUAUCUUUGAGGGGACAGCACAAAAAUUGCCUGGGAACACACAUAGAUUAAUAGAUGGAUGCUUUGCACCCCAAAAAAUACUAAUUGCCCUGUUUAGAACAAAUUUAUUGGAAAUAAUUGAUACAGUGCUACUGGUGCUAGACUAGAUCUUCAGGUACAUAUUACUAUAGGUACCUGGAGACCUACCUAUCCAAAAUAUUAUUCUGAUGCUAAGGAUUUUGAUUUGAAGUUGGCUGUUUUGUUACAGAUGUAUGUUACUCUUCAUGAAGGCUUACCACUAGUUUGAAUAUUAUUGAUGCAAUUUGCCUUCCUGAAACCACAAGAGCAGUAGUGAGGCUGAAAGGUGAGAUUGUUUAGGCCUCAUAGUUGAAGGUUGCAGAUCAAACCUCACUAUGAACACCAGCCAUUUAUAACAGUAAAGGGUCUGUCAAGAGUACUCCAACUCCAGGCAAAUUGUAAUCGCAGACAGUGAUUAUCACAGGGCAGGCAGAAUAUUUCAGGUUUAAGGUUGAGGCUAUGUUUAGGGAAACCAGAAUAUGCAUAGACUGGCAUUGGUAUGGUGUGAUGAAAGAGAUGUGUGUCUAUUCCCCCUUCUGGUGUGGUACAAAUGUAACCGUCAGUGGGCAGGCAGUGUUCUGGUAUUUGGCAAACACAUAUGAAACCCUGGCGGUUGGUGUAGUGGGAUUCAUCCACCCCUCCAGCAGACACCUUGGCAUGUGUAUGGUGAGUCUGGCCAGAUUGCCCAUGAAACUUGCUCCAGACAAAACAUUUGUUGCUAAAUUUGCUUCCAGACCCAAUUUAGAAUUUAGAAUUGUGGGUUCCAACUACGAAUAUGUAAUUUUGGAUGGAAUAUUUGUAUAGUUUUGGCCACGUAAUGUGUAUGAUACAUUAUAUGCUUUAUAUUAUUGAAUAACUGUUUCAUCUAGACAUAGGGUUAAAAGUCUUUAGGGGGGAGGGGUUCACAUGAGGACGUAUGUGGUUAUGAAACUCAUAAUGAGGAGAGUGGUGUAUGUAGAUAGAGUGUCAGAUAGGCAGAUAACAGUAGCUGGGGGACACAGCGGGAAAUGUUCUGCCAAAGCACAGUAUUAGUGUAUGGAUCAUUUAGCAGUUUUCCUUGUAACAAUCAGGUAGCUUCAGAAAUCUGCCAGCAUGUUAUCUCGGCCAGCUGGUUCUGCAUUGGCAAUCCAUACAUUUGUCUCAAAUGGGAAUGCAUUGCUCUAGCUUAUGUUUUGCUAAUAACAUUAAGGGAUAUAAGAUUUUUAACCUCUUCAUUGUCCAGCAGUUUUCCUCGAACCAAAGUAAUGAAUAUUGCCAAGUAUAUUUCAUCAAGGGAUUUUAUAUUCCAAUAAUUAUUUCCUGGCGUUCAUGCAUUUUCCCAUAUAAACACCCUGUUGAGCAAGUGAAGUGGGCUUGUACUCUGCCAAACCUUUAGAUCUGCACUACUUGUCUUCUAUGCAUCUCACAUUAAAUAGACAUUUGUGUUUUAUAUCCAUUGGUUUCCAUCAAUAAACAGAACAUAAACCUUAAAAGUCUUUUGGUUUAUGGCUAAUGACUACAUAAAUGCUUGGUUACCGCGAUUCCCAUCUGUAAUCAGAAUGACUCUGAUAUCCUGUAUGAGGUUUUCCCUACAACAUCUGGGUGAAUGAAAUAUUAAUAAUCAGCAUUUAAUGUCAGUUCUGUUUGUGUUCAUUAAAGAGCAGGCUCCCAUCUUUUUGUGUAAGAUGGUGAGGAAGGGAAUUGGAGACUGCCUCAUAUGCAAAAUUCAUAAAUUAAACACGCGCUCUGUCUUCCAUGGCCUUUCCCUGCACUCGUAGAUUGUACAUAUCAACUUAGCAAGCCAUAUUUCAGCAACUUGGAAAAUGCAGCCAAGUCAAAACCCACAUCGCUGACUGAGUUUCUCAGGAAUUAUAGAAAAUGAUUUCCUUAAGUAAGGUCAUGUGUUAAAAAUGGGUGCUUCCACAUUGUGCCUUUCUGUUAUACUGCAGGUAUCGUUUAAAUUACAAACACACCUCUCCCACUGGAACCUACCUCUUAACAUUUAAUUCGCAGCUAAGAUCUUUCUAAAACCUUCUGUACAACCUUGCUAUAAAUCUAGCAAAAUAACGAUGGAAAUGUACAUAAAUGAGGCAGAAAGACCACGGAAUAGACUUUUUUCAUUUAAGAAGUGCUUGACUUUUUUUAGACUUUUAAAAAAUAUUCUCGGAACUGUUUUACCAUAUUGGAUACUCGGUAACUAAGUGUAAGAUUAAUGCCUAAUAUGUGCUAUUGCAUUACCAUGUGUGCAGAGGAAUUAAAUGCACGGGAAUGCACCUGAUUUCAAAUUCAUGCCAAGGUCGUUAAUAAACUGUCAGGGCAAUCUCCCAAGCUGAUUGGGAACAUUCAUUAGGAAAAUGAAAACAUGUUAGGGAAAGGUAAUAAUAUUUUGGCAGGGCAGAAAGAUAGCAGGUUUAAGGUGGCGGCUCAGCACAACUAAGUAGAAAAGACGCACAUCUGUCAAAAUAAGUUUGUUCUACAAUUUUGGUUUUUAUUUUAACAUUCAGAGUAAAACAAUAUCUCAUCAUCAGAUCCUAAGCUUCCUUAAAGCACCAAUAGACAGACACAAGCUGCCCACUUGGCAGUCUAUUAGCCUAUGUAUGGGCCCAGAUGUAUCCCUUUGCAAGAUAGUAAUCCUGCAGGCUGGAACAUCUUGUCAGAAGCGGAGGUCUGCACAUUGUGCACAGGCCUCGUAUAUGUUCUGAUUGUUGCCUAUGGGCUAAAUACUCAGAUUAACCCAAUUUGGUCUACAACUUAAGUGGCCAAAUUGUGCAAAAUAAGCUUAUUUAGGGAUGAGAUCUUUUCAUGUAUGCCCAACUUUAAAAUACCUGCUGGGUAUGCGGUAUAGCCUCUGUGGCAAUCACCUCAGGUUAAUUUGACUUGUAGAAUUUCCCAUGCUGACAAAUGAAAGCCAAAUCUGAAGUGAAGUCAGAUCAAUAUCAGUAUUAGAAGCAUGUUGGCUAUUCUUUCUAAGCUUUGGAUAUGUUGUUUCUUUCUAUUAUGUAUUGGUGUGAGCAAGUAAUCCUAUGUGUAACCGGCAGCCCUCCAGCUGCUGCUAAGUAAAAACUCCCAGUGGAAGGAACCUGUAAGAGAAUGACACAUUGAAAGGUUCAGUAUGUGAAAAGCAUAAUAUACAACUAUGUUUCCAUUUAGAAUUUCACUCCCUUGGACUCUUAACUAGUAUUGUACAAAUCCAGUUCCAGUAUUUGUUCAUUCGGGACACAAUUUCUGUUGACCAAAUGAAGGGUUGUGUGUGUAACAGGCAUACUAGGAGCCGUUGCAUGCUUCCCUUGUGUGUGUGUUCUUCCUGUGUAUAUUUUAAAAAAAAAUUUUUAAAUGAUGUGUAAUUCAUAUUCUUACUGUGACGGUCAUCUGUGUGCAGUUUCCAAAACUUUUUCUAUAUUUUAUGUAUGUGUGUAUUUGCAAUAAAAUCACUUUGCGAUUGGGGUUUUCCAGCA